ACAAUAGUUAUGACAGGAACAGGGCGAGCGGGCGCCUAAACAACGGCAUACCCAUGGUGCCUCAGAGGAGGAGUCCAUCAGAACUGGACAGUUUCCGAUGCUCUCUGCCAGUGCAUGAACGCCAGGAGGAGAUCGUUCAGCUCAUCAGAGGAAACAGAGUGGUGCUGGUAGUGGGAGAGACUGGCUCUGGGAAGACUACACAGAUCCCACAGUUCCUGCUGGAUGAGUACAGCAGGAAUGGAGAGCCAUGCAGGAUCUUCUGCACUCAGCCCAGGCGCCUGGCCGCCAUUGCUGUGGCUGAGAGAGUAGCAGCUGAGAGAGGAGAGAGUGUGGGCCAGACU